AUGGAGACAUCUGACAGUUCUCUGAAAGAGCUCUUUGUGCGGACAAAGUCCCAACAGGAUGAGCUGGAACUUCUCGAACCACAAAGUGAAGCGUUCAAAACUAGCAUCCAGUCAAUCAUUGACAGCCUCGAAAAAUGCCGUCAGCUCAUCCAAAAACUCUCGAUCUUCAGCUCAAAUGAGGAGGUUGAAGAUAUUUCUACCAACGAUCUCCAGUAUCUGACGGUGGACUACACACUCGCUGAGCUGAAGACGCGAUCGUACGGUGACGACAGGAUCACGUCUUUGAAACAGUCUUCAGAGCUCUUAGAAAACUUUCUGACGAGGCUGGAUCACUACGGACUGUUGAAUCCAGCCGACAGAAAACUUUAUCAGCGUUUCUUGGGGUCACGAGGAACCUUCAGAGUGAUAAUAACGAAUAACCCGGAUGACAAACGAAAGAUCAAGGUCGGGCGCUUCCAGGAAGAAAAAGUCCUCAAGCAGAAGCUGGAGUAUCUCAAGAACGAAUCCCGAAAGGCUAACAUUGAUGAGGAAACCAUUCGUGACCUCUAUCUGGCAGAGGUCUCUCUUUCGGUCAACCGUGCGUUUUCUUCUCUUGAUAUGAUCACGCAGGAGUUAGAAAUGUUAUCGCAAAUGCGUCAAGCUGCACCAGCUCAAAUCGGACCUCCCUCCGAUCACAGGGCCCCGACACGGCCAAAUCAAUAUACUGAACGACUUGAUGGCCCAGUUACGCUUGCAGGACUUGGUCGUAAAGGAGGGCCGCUGCUGAGUAAAAGUGGUAAACCACUUCAGCCUUUCAUCAUCACAGAUAAGCGAAGCCAGCUCCAAAAGGGCGUGUUCCGGCCAGGCCACAAUCUACCAACCAUGAGUAUUGACGAGUACCUGGCAGAGGAGCAUAGGCGAGGAGGUAUCAUCAAAGGCACUGGUGAUGAGCCCAGACCUGAACCCGAUGAGGAUAAUAUGGCGGAGGCCGAUGCUGCGACAAUGAAAGCUAGGGAAUGGGAUGAAUUUGUGGAAGCCAACCCGAAGGGUGCAGGGAAUACCCUGAAUCGAGGAUAA